AGAUCCAUUUUCCUGGUUGGAUUCGGAGCGAUUGAUGGGCUGUGGACAUAUGUGUGUGGAUUACAUUACCCAGAGACUUAAAAAGCAGCAGUAUUAACCUGCCUCCAGGUACAUCACAAGGUCAAGAGAGGGUCUUGAAGCCGUCUUGUUCCCUUCCAACUAGACUUUCCUGUCUUGAUAGAAAGACUGUUUACGCGGCGGGCCACAGCAUCUGAAGCCAAAAGUUAAGCCCUUCCAGGAGCUGGUUUGCUUUACAAACAAGGUGAUAAAGAUUGCUUUGCAAACUGUUUGAUAGAAUUCUUGACUUUCCUUCAGCCUUUUCCCCUGCGCUCCGUCCUCCCCAUCAAAAUGUCACGAGCUCUUGAAGCGCAAGGAUUUGGCUUGGAGAACUUGAAGCAAACGUGAUCAAAGGAGAUGGGAGAACGCUCUCUUUGCCGCUCCGUGGGAUGCGCAGCCUGCCUUGAGAAGGACCAUUUCUCUCCUUGCUUCUGCUUCGCCGUGCUGGGCCGACUGUGCGUGUGCAAGUGUGAGUGCGAGUGCGCGCGCGCCCGGGUGCGAGUGUGAGUGUGUGUGUCUGUGUGUGCGUGCGCGGCCGCCCUGCCUCUGCCCGCUUCCCGGGCGCGGAGCCGCGGGUUUCAUGGGGCGAUCUGCGCGGAUCCCCCACCCAGCGCGACCUGCGGGCAGUGGCGGCAGUGGCAAGAGCCACCUCUCGGACUCCCUAGGAUGCGGGUGCUGAGCCAUGGCAAAGGGCAGCGAAGUGACCAAGGAGACCCGUGUAGGACUGUGAAAGCCACCUGGAGCUACCUUGCUGGGAUUGUACCUGCGGGCAGAAAGUCCUACGACCGUCUUUCCCCCUGAGGCACCAGAAUCCCUGUAACCAUUCUGCCAGGUGUAGAAGCUGAGCGCCCUUUCUUCUGACACUGUCCUCGGCACCAUCUUUGGAGAUGCUCUCACGCUGGUGGUCCUCUGUAGCAGCCAGUGCUGACUCCUGCACAGCAGUCAAGAACUCUUCAGGCUUCAGAAGCUCUUAAACUGAUCUACAAUGGAAAAAUUUCUUUUUUAUCUGCUUUUCAUUGGCAUAGCAGUGAGAGCUCAGAUCUGUCCAAAGCGUUGUGUCUGUCAGAUUUUGUCUCCUAAUCUUGCAACCCUCUGUGCCAAGAAAGGGCUUUUAUUUGUUCCACCAAACAUUGACAGAAGAACUGUGGAACUGCGGUUGGCAGACAAUUUUGUUACAAAUAUCAAAAGAAAAGAUUUUGCCAAUAUGACCAGCUUGGUGGACCUGACACUAUCCAGGAAUACAAUAAGUUUUAUUACUCCUCAUGCUUUUGCUGAUCUACGAAAUUUGAGGGCGUUGCAUUUGAAUAGCAACAGGUUGACUAAGAUUACAAAUGACAUGUUCAGCGGGCUUUCCAACCUCCACCAUUUGAUAUUGAACAACAACCAGCUGACGUUAAUUUCUUCGACUGCAUUCGAUGACGUGUUUGCCCUGGAGGAGCUGGACCUGUCUUAUAAUAAUCUAGAAACGAUUCCUUGGGAUGCCGUGGAGAAGAUGGUUAGUUUGCACACCCUCAGUCUGGAUCACAAUAUGAUCGACAACAUUCCUAAGGGGACUUUCUCCCACUUGCACAAGAUGACUCGGCUAGAUGUGACAUCCAAUAAACUGCAGAAGCUACCACCUGACCCUCUCUUUCAGCGAGCUCAGGUACUAGCAACCUCAGGAAUCAUAAGCCCAUCUACAUUCGCAUUAAGUUUUGGUGGAAACCCCUUACAUUGCAAUUGUGAAUUGCUGUGGUUGAGGCGACUGUCCAGAGAAGAUGACUUAGAGACGUGUGCUUCUCCUGCACUGCUAACUGGUCGCUAUUUCUGGUCAAUUCCUGAGGAAGAGUUUUUGUGUGAGCCUCCUCUCAUCACUCGUCAUACACAUGAGAUGAGAGUCCUGGAGGGUCAAAGAGCAACAUUGAGGUGUAAGGCUAGGGGAGACCCAGAGCCUGCAAUUCACUGGAUUUCUCCUGAAGGGAAACUUAUUUCAAAUGCAACACGGUCUCUGGUGUAUGAUAAUGGAACGCUUGAUAUUCUGAUUACGACUAUGAAGGAUUCAGGUGCUUUUACCUGCAUUGCUUCCAAUCCUGCUGGGGAAGCAACCCAAUCCAUGGCUUUACAAAUAAUUAAACUCCCUCACGUACUAAACAGUACAAACCAUAUUCAUGAGCCUGAUCCUGGUUCUUCAGAUAUUUCAACUUCUACUAAGUCAGGUUCUAACACGAGCAGUAGUAAUGGUGAUACUAAAAUGAGUCAAGAUAAAAUUGUGGUGGCAGAAGCAACUUCAUCAACAGCACUACUAAAAUUUAAUUUUCAAAGAAAUAUCCCUGGAAUACGUAUGUUUCAAAUCCAGUACAAUGGUACUUAUGAUGACACCCUUGUUUACAGAAUGAUCCCUCCUACGAGCAAGACUUUCCUGGUCAAUAAUCUGGCCGCUGGAACUGUGUAUGACUUAUGUGUCUUGGCCAUAUAUGACGAUGGCAUCACUUCCCUCACUGCCACAAGAGUCGUGGGUUGCAUCCAGUUUACUACGGAACAGGAUUAUGUGCGUUGUCAUUUCAUGCAGUCCCAGUUUUUGGGAGGCACCAUGAUUAUUAUUAUUGGUGGAAUAAUUGUAGCAUCUGUGCUGGUUUUCAUCAUCAUUCUAAUGAUCCGAUACAAGGUUUGUAACAAUAAUGGGCAACAUAAAGUCACCAAGGUUAGCAAUGUUUAUUCUCAAACAAAUGGGGCUCAAACCCAAGGCUGCAGUGUCACGCUGCCCCAGUCCAUGUCCAAGCAAGCUGUGGUACAUGAAGACAAUACCCAGUGUUGUAAAGUUGCCAAUGACAAUGUGAUCCAAUCUUCAGAAACUUGUUCAAGUCAGGACUCCUCUACCACUACCUCUGCUUUGCCUCCUACCUGGACUUCAAGCACAUCUGUGUCCCAAAAGCAGAAAAGAAAGACUGGCACAAAGCCGAGUACCGAAUCACAGAGUGAAGCUGUCACAAAUGUUGAGUCCCAAAACACUAACAGGAACAAUUCAACUGCAUUGCAGUUAGCUAGCCGACCUCCGGAUUCUGCCACAGAGGGGCCCACGGCUAAAAGAGCACACACACAGCCAAAUGCUUUGCUGACUAAUGUUGACCAGAUGGUCCAGGAAACACAGAGGCUGGAGUCAGUCUGAAGAGCACUAUUGUCUCUCCUGAAAGAAGUUGCCACUGAUAUUUUUACUGGAAAGUUAAAAAUUGUUUCAGUUCACAAAAGUUAAUUGUCGAACUGAUAUCCUGGAAGAAACCAUCCAUGGGGGCUGGGGUAGAAGUCUCCGAUGCCUGCACAAUGGCUCCAUCAGACCAUGGCUCAUCCCCUUUGGAAACCAAAUUUUCUUUGGCCUACAGAUUUUCUUUUCAAGGUGGAAAGAGAAAAGCCUAUAUUGGCAUCAAUUUCUGUAUCAGUCCAUCUUACAUUGCCAUUCAUGAUUUAACAGACUGUAGAAUCUUGAAUAAUCUAUAACACUUUAACAAAUAAAUGUUUUACUAUGAC